AUGGGUAAAAUGCCAAGGAAAACAUUUGAAAAACAAAAGGAAAAGCAAACAACAGAACAUGGAAUUAUGACUGAUUACUUCACUUGUCCCAAAUGGAACCUUAAGGGAAUGAAAAAGUCAGCUGUACUCAAGCUUGAUGAUUAUGAUUAUGUCAACGUGCUUGUUGUCUACUUCCAAAUGGAAGAGAGACAAUCAUGGCGCCAAAAGUUAAUUGAGAUGUUUGGUUGUAUGUGUGGCUUGGAGAAGGAAAUUCUCUCCCAACUUCUGUGUUCUGUCUUGGCUACAGAACUGGCAAUACAGACUAUGAACAGGAAGGUGGGUGCUUCAAUGCAGCGGUACUGUGCAGUAUUAAUGACCAUGAUUUUUUCAACUGGAGAAUCUGUUCCAUUUCCCUUUUAUGACCAAGUAAAUGAUUCAUUUGUGCAGUUCCUUAUUGAUGCCAUUGAAAGCGCUGAAGAUGAUGAAGAGUUAGCGGAGACCUUUGUGCCUCUUAAACUCGCAUUUAACCAACGCUUUGUUGAUUUCCCGAGUAACAUCGUAAUGAGAGUCUUGGCAUCUCGCAGCACUGCCAAAACACUGAGUGAGAAGAUCAUGUUACUUAUCAACAGAGAAGAGGAUCCCACUGCCUAGUUCCAAUAUCCUCGAAGUUCUCCUGAUUCAGUGCUCAAGUUUGUGACAGACAUCUUUUCGUCUCAAGAUACUUCGGAGUUUUUUUACACCUCAGAUAUGAAAAUCCUGAUAGAGAUUGUUCUACGACAGCUGACGGAUCUUUCUCCUGGGGCUGGGAUGAGAACGUAGUACAUAUCAUUACUACAUCAAAUCCUGUUGAAUUCUAACUACAGUGAACACAAACAUCAGGCCAGUGAACUCCUCACUUGUCUGACGAGAAUCAGAAAGGAAGAAGAAAAAGAAGGCGAACAAGACAGACCUAUUGCCCAAGAAAUACUCAAACACUCGUCGAAAUAUUUUUAAUUUUCAGUUGGGCGUCGGAAGUAACCUGGGAUCGCUUUGGUUUGGUUUUUCUUUGCUCUCUGAUUGGUCUAGACAACUCACGUCAUACAUACAACCAAUCAGGUGCAAUCUGUAGUUAAUGACGCUUUGACCUCUCGCAUUUUCCCGCGUAUGCCUUUACUUUGAGUUCUGAGAUAUUUUCCUUUGCCUUGAUUGAUCGAUACGAUCAUUUUGGUGUUAGCCUUGCAACAACCAACCCAAAGGUCCUUUAGAAUGAAAUUAUGCUUAUUCAACUGUUUUUUACAUAUUUUUGCUGCAGACUUUAAAU